CUUUCUAGACAUUUUUCACUUCCAUAAAAACAUCGUCGUCAUGGUUGAAAAGAAGAAAAAAGACCCCAUCUUGGCCCUCGUGCCCAAAUAUUCACGAGGGGACAGCAAUGCAGCGCUUGAAGGAGUCAAUGGCAUACAAGAUAAGAAGCUUAAAGGAUCAAUUAAGCGCCGAGAGAAACAAUUCAAAGAAGCAGCCUACAAGGCUGCUUCGUCCGAGAUACUGUUGACAGAAGAGGCAGGAUUUUUGGAAGCAGAAGGCAUUGAAAAGACAUAUCAACUUUCCCAACGUGCGCUCCGCAAAGAAGUGGACAUUGCAACUACACAUAAAAUGUUUUCAUUGAAUUUGAAGUUUGGACCGUACUCGCUUGAUUAUACCCGAAACGGACGCCAUCUCCUUAUCGGUGGCCGGAAAGGACAUGUUGCGGCAUUUGACUGGCAGGCAGGAAAGCUCGCCUGUGAACUUCAACUUAAGGAGACAAUACGAGAUGUCAAAUGGCUGCAUAAUGAAACUAUGUUCGCAGUAGCGCAGAAGAAAUAUGUUUACAUUUAUGACAAGUCAGGCAUGGAGAUCCACUGCUUGCGAGACCAUAUCGAAAUCAACAAGCUUGAUUUCUUGCCUUAUCAUUUCUUACUCACAACAAUCGGAAACUCUGGAUAUCUUAAAUACCAGGAUACAUCAACAGGAAAACUUGUGGCAGAACAUCGCACCAAGCUUGGAAAGUGUGAUGUUAUGACUCAAAACCCCAGCAAUGCCAUUAUACAUUUGGGGCACGGAAACGGCACAGUUACACUCUGGUCUCCUAAUAUGUCUACACCUCUUGUCAAAAUGCAAUGUCAUCGAGGACCCAUCACCGCCAUGGCAAUAGGCCAUUCAGGCACUUACAUGGCCACUGCAGGUUUGGAUGGUCAACUUAAACUUUGGGAUCUCAGGAGUUAUAAAGCUGUUCAGGAAUAUUUUACUCCAUCACCUGCAUCGUCACUUUCUAUCUCUCAGCGUGGCUUGCUGGCGGUUGGUUUUGGUCCCCAUGUGAGCAUCUGGAAGGACCCCUUUAGAACCAAGCAGGUAUCGCCUUAUAUGAAUCAUUUGCAGCCAGCUUCGGCCGUGCAUGAUGUAGAGUUUGUGCCAUUUGAGGAUGUACUUGGAUUUGGUCAUCGCAGUGGUAUCGGCAGCAUUAUCGUUCCAGGAUCUGGAGAGCCCAACUUUGAUGCAUUAGAGGCCAAUCCAUUCCAGACAAAAAAGCAACGGCAAGAAAUGGAGGUGCACUCACUGCUGGAGAAAAUUCAGCCUGAGAUGAUUACUCUGGAUGUCGAUAUGGUUGGAAAAAUGGACAAAGCCCCUAUUCAAAUCUUGAACAAGGAGAAGAAGGAGGCAUGGGAAGCUGCUCAUCCAGAAGAGGCUAAGGAGCUCAAGUUCAAGGCUCGCGGCAAGAACUCUUCUUCACGUCGCCAUCUGCGCAAGAAAGCAAAGAAUGUUAUCGAUCAGAAAAAGGUCGAGCUAUUGGAGAGGAUCGAGAAAGACAAGAAAGAGCGCGCGAAGAGGAGAAUGGGCAAUCCAGACGAACCUGUCACAGCUUUGGAUCGUUUUACAGGCAAACGGAGGAAAAUGUAAUCCUACAAGAUGCUAUCCUAUUCUAUUAUUGUUUUAUCGUCCUUCAUCUCUUCUGCAUUUACAUUCUGAUAAUUUUAAAUAAAGUCAUAGAAUCAUAG